CAUUAUACCAAAUUUAUUUAAUUUUAGAACAAAAUUAAGAUGUUGUUGAAUUUACAUUUUCGCUGGUAAUGAAAGAGUGAAAAAAAAAAAAAAACUCAAAAAAUGAGAACAAAGAGACGUUACAUGCGGUACCCGCCACUUUAUUAUAACAGUUGCACUAAGCGGUCCAGUCUUACCAUAAUAAACCCAAUUGCAUAACACAAUAAUCAAAUUCACCAAUUAACACAAAACGUGUAUCCAUCUUUUUCCAAUCACUAUAACCAAAUCGUUUCACAGUUCCAAGCGUCGGAACUGCAAAAUAUCACUUUCUUUUCCAACAAUACCACUCUUUCCAAAAGAUUAAAUAUUUUUACUAAAUUUUAUCUCGCCUUAAGCAGGCCUCGCCGCCGGUGACUGCUCGGAGCAAUGGGCUGCAACACCUCGAGGCUUGACCGGCUACCGGCAGUGGCGCUGUGCCGUGACCGUUGCAAGUUCUUGGACGAAGCGCUCCGCCAAAGCUACGCACUCGCCGACGCUCACGUGGCGCACAUGGAGUCACUCAGAACACUUGGACCCGCUCUCCUCUGUUUCUUCGACGGUUUCGACGAUUCCGACGAAACGAAUGUCCCAAACAAGGAAACAAAGACUUCUGUCGCGAAAUCUGAACCACCGCCUCGUUCGCCUUCUUCCCUUAGUUCAGACUCAGAUGAUACGCAUGUUCACGUUCUUUUGCAUUCUGAAUCGGAAACCGAAGAAGCGGAGAAAGAAGAGUUCCAAUCGUUCGCGCAGGCUCGUUAUGAUUACUCUCCAUUUUCUCCUCCUCGUUCAGGCGGAUACUUCGGGUCGAAGCCGCCGUCGCCGCCGCCGCCGCCUAGCGGCUCGGCAUGGGACUUCCUUAACUUCUUUGAGCCGUACGAGAAGUACCACGUGCCGUACAUUCCCAGCGGCGGUGACGCUGACGCCGCCGAGAAGGAAGAAGGGAAAGUUGUGAAACGUGACGUGAAUAAAUUGAAGGCAGAAAAUGGAGAAGCGAGGAAGAAUAAGAAGAAUGGUGAUUUGAAGGAAAAGAAGGUGGUUUUGGAGAAAGAGGAAGUGGUUUUAGUUUCAGAGCAGUGUAGUGACUCUAUGAAAGUGAAAUCAGGGAAAGGUUUUUCCGAGGCUGUGAAAGAGAUUCAGAUUCUGUUUGAGAGAGCGUCGGAGUCAGGGAACCCAAUUUUGGAAUUGUUGGACGUUGGGAAACUUCGUUAUCAUCGAAAAUUUGAUCUCAAUCCGGUUUCAUGCAAGAUGAUGCAUGUGUUUACUCCUUCAAGUCCUCUCGGAGCUAAAUGCAUGGAAUCUCCAUUGCUUGUACGGAGAAUGGGAUCUGAGAGUGAAGAAGUUUGUAGUUACGGAAAUCUCUCUUCUACUCUGAAGAAACUAUGUAUGUGGGAGAGGAAGCUGUAUCAUGAAGUCAAGGCCGAGGAGAAAUUGCGCAUGCUUCAUCAGAAGAAGUGUAAGCAGUUGAGACGAAUGAAACAAAAGGAUGCCGAUGCACAGAAAAUUGAUUCUGUUCAAACUUUCAUUGGGAUUUUAGCUACAAAAAUGAAAAUUUCUAUCCAAGUAGUUGACAAGAUAUCAAUUACAAUUAGUAAGUUGAGGGAAGAGGAGUUGUGGCCGCAGAUCAACCGGUUUAUUCUCACGUUUCUAGGAAUGUGGAGAGACAUGCAAGAAUGUUAUAAAUGUCAAUAUCAAAAAAUUGUUGAAGGCAAAACUUUAGAUGCCUCUUCCUUAAGCAGAAAGCAUGGCAGUGAUCAUAUUGAUGCAACAAUGAAGCUCAAAUCUGAGAUACAGAAAUGGAACUUGAGCUUCUUAGAUUGGAUUCAAGCACAGAAGUCUCAUGUGAAAGCGUUGAAUGGUUGGCUCGUAAGAUGUCUAUUAUAUGAACCUGAAGAAGUACCCGAUGACUCAACUCCCUUUUCACCCAGUAAGAUUGGGGCACCGCCUGUGUUUGUCAUCUGCAACAAAUGGUCGAGAGCAGUAGAUAAUCUCUCAGAGAAGAAUGUAAUUGAAGCCGUGAAUGGGUUUAUGCUCAGAUUGAAUGAGCUCUUGGAAAAGCAUAUUUUGGAGCUCCAACAAAAACUAACAUUGGACAAAGAAUUAGAGAAAAAAGUGAAAAUGUUGGACAGGGAGGAGCAAAAGAUGCACAAAGUGGUGCGUGCUAGAGAGAAACAAAUGGUUCCCGUUGGUAGAGAAGAUUUUGAAGCACUGUUACGAGGGGAUGCUGUGCAUCAUGCUGAUAUUGUUGAUACCACUAACCUACAAUUAGGUUUGAAGCAGAUCUUUGGUGCCAUGGAGAGGUUCACUGACACCACUGCUCGCUUGUAUGAAGAACUUUGCCAACAAAUUAAGCAAGAGGACCAUGUUUUGGGAGAAUCCAACAAAAAUAACUAGCUUCGGACUUUUUUGAUUCGAUGAAUUUUGUAGGAUUGAUGAUGUUAUCGCAAUUUUCGAACCUAGUCUUUUUGCACACAGUAUCUCAAAUUUUGUUGGAGGAAAACAUUUGUUUACUUGAUC